AAGUAGAGUGCAGCAAUAGAAAAGGAAACCUCUUCAGAAAAUAUGGACCAAAAACAAAUAUCUGUAAGAACAGAACAAAGCCUUGCAGAUAUGAACAAUGCCCUGUUGCAACCUGAUGUCUGGAACAAGCUCAAAUAGUCAGCAAAAGACUUCUGAUACUAUCUGCCCAAACACUACCCAUGGACAAAUGUCUAAAAUAAUCCACCCUAAAGGAGAGAAGUCGUAUCACUGCUCAGAGUGUGGGAAGAGUUUUACUCAACAGAGUACUCUUCAGCGACACCAGCGCAUUCAUACAGGAGAAAAGACCCACCACUGUUUAUUGUGUGGAAAGAGUUUCAAUCAGCAGAGUACUUUUCAAAGACACCAACGCAUUCACACCGGAGAAAAACCGUAUCGCUGCUUGCAGUGUGGGACUAGUUUUACUAUCCAGAGUAAUCUCAGACGACACCAACGCAUUCACACAGGAGAGAAGCCAUAUCACUGCUCACUGUGUGGAAAAUGUUUUACUAACCAUAGUACGCUCCAGCAUCACCAACGCAUUCAUACCGGAGAGAAACCGUAUCAGUGCUCUCACUGUGGAAGGUGUUUUACUGAGCACGGUACUCUCCAACGACACCAACGCAUCCACACAGGAGAAAAACCAUAUCACUGCUUAGACUGUGGAAAGAGUUUUAAACAACAAACUGCUCUCCAGCAACAUCAACGCAUCCACACCGGGGAGAAGCCAUAUCACUGCACGCAAUGUGGGAAGAAUUUUAUUCAACUAGGUCAUCUCCAACAACACCAGCGCACUCAUAAAGGAGAGAAAGCAUUUGAUUCCACAGUGUGGGAUGAGUUUUACUCAACAGAAUCAGUUCCAACAUCAGUGCAUUCGGUGAUUGUUUGAUUUAUUUAGGUGCAUUUAAGGUAUUGUAAAUAUUA